CUCCGUCUCUCCAGUUUGUUGCCGACGGCAUCUUUAAAGCCGAGCUCAACGAGUUCCUGACCCGUGAGCUGGCCGAAGAUGGCUACUCCGGCGUGGAGGUCAGAGUCACUCCAACCAGGACCGAGAUCAUCAUCCUCGCCACCAGGUGUUCUUGGUAUCAAAGUCAAGAUUAUGUUGCCCUGGGACCCAAGUGGGAAGAUCGGCCCCAAGAAGCCCCUUCCUGAUCACGUCGGCAUCGUGGAGCCCAAAGAAGAGAUCCUGCCGACCACCCCGAUCUCCGAGCAGAAAGGAACCAAGCCCGAGCAGCAGCUGCCGCAGCCUCCUGCCAUGCCCCAGCCUGUGCCCACCGCAUAAGUUGCUGGAAAUGGGAUCCGCGGAGUUUGGAUACAAAAA